UAACCCCAUCUUCCUUCUCUGGAGAGUUUGAACCAAAUUCAAAUUUUGAAUUUCUUUACUUAGUGAAAAAGGGCAAAAAUGGCAACGGCAUCAUCAAACGACAUGAAGAGCUUCUACAGGCAAAAGAAAACCAACAAGACCGGGAUUUCCAAAUCCAGGAAGAAAUCGCCGACCAAACACGCCGCCGCUAUCGGUUCUAAUAUCGCUCAACCGGCCGCCUUGGUUACUCACGGCGGUGCUCUUGAUCUUCAAGAAGAUUAUGGCAAAAAUGAAACAGUUUUGAGGCAGUUUGACAUGAACAUGGCGUACGGGCCAUGCCUCGGGAUGACUCGGGUAGAUCGAUUUGAGCGUGCUCAACGUCUACGUCUGAAUCCACCGAAAGAAAUUGAGUCUCUGUUGAAGGGUGGGAAGGUUAACUCAGAAUGCCUAUGGGAUGGCCGCGUCUGAAAGUCGGUAACAGUAUGCUUUUGUGUAUUAUUUAGCUUUGGAAGUGUAUUACUUGUUGUUGUGCACACAUUUUGUAAUGCUCAGCCUCUGGCUGUGCUGUUAGUAUGGUUUAUGUCCCGAUGAACUAAUGGCCUCUUAACGUAGUUCUCUUCAUGACUAAAGUUCGAUUUUAUGAUAUCGGCUGAGUAUUUUUAUGUCAA